CCAAGCAAGGGCGGAAAUGUCCUAGACGGGAGGGGGACGCGAGGCCUGUCGGGGCGUUGGAGGAGUCUUGGCUUCGGCUCCCUGCAAAGCGGAGGACGGCUUUGGAUCUCUUGCUCGCUCUCAACGCGCGUCUUGUCCUGAGUUCGGGAGGUAUCGAAGCGUGGACGCGCCGAGGAUUAUAUUCACCCCACCUCUAUAGAUGGUGGUGAUGUUGCUGCCAGUAGCUUUCAUUACCAAAUUUGAUUGGCAAGGCAUUCGGGAUAUGAGUUAGGAAAAUAGAAGUGGAAGUCUUCUGCUGUUUAGGGACGGGCCAAUCAAAGCCUGCAAAAUGAAUGAAGGCACCACGUCAACAGACAACAAUAACACAGAUGAGGAGGGAAAAGACUUUGCUGACAGCUUUAACCAGCUUGAGCUACUGGAAACCCACCGGCAUCUCAUUCCUAGAGGAACACAGAGUCUCUGGUCUGGAGACUCUGAUGAGGAAGACCAGGAAGAAAAAACGGAGGAAUGGUACCAGGCUCAAGAGAAAAAGUUGGCAGACAGCCCAGAUAAGCUUCUGCUUUGGGCAGCUGAAAAAAAUAGGCUUAGCACAGUGCAGAGGCUCUUGUCUCAAAACCUUGUGUCUAUAAAUGUCCAGGAUGAAGAUCAGUACACUCCUCUUCACCGCGCCGCCUACAAUGGACACAUGGAAGUGGUGCGUGAGCUGAUUGCUCAUGGGGCAGAUGUCCACGCGUUGACUGUGGAUAGUUGGACACCUCUGCACAGCGCCUGCAAAUGGAACAACACCAAAAUUGCCUCCUUCUUGCUCCAGCAUGGGGCAAAUAUCAACGCUCAGACCAAUGGGUUGCUGACACCUCUUCACUUGGCAGCCGGAAACCGGGAGAGCAAAGAAACCCUGGAACUGUUACUCAUGAAUCGAUACUUAAAGCCAAAUCUCCGAAACAACUUGGAAGAGACGGCUUACGAUAUCGCUCGAAGGACUGAUAAAUACCACUACUUGUUUGAGAUCGUCGAACACUGCACAAACUCGGUCACAGAUUCUUAGGAAUUGUAUACCUAGCCCAGACAGCCAGUGCGCUUUAAAGGAAUCUAUUUUGCCAUUGCAUUCCCAGUUCUUUGCAUCAUAACUUAGCAGGCGCUAAAAUGAGGCUCUGUUGAGUAACACUGACAUUAUUUUUAUAAGAUAAGUUAUAUGUCUAUGGCGGGUGUCUGCAACCUGUGGCUCCAGAGCCGCAUGCGGCUCUUUGGGCCCUCUGCUGUGGCUCCCUGUUGGGUGAUCCCACCACUGGCUGGCUCUGCCUGGCCUGAGAAAGUAAGGGCAAUGGCGGGGGAUGGAAAAGCAACCCGGGCUGAUUCUCCGGCGCCUCACUCUUGCUAGCGCUUCUUCCAUUGUGCCUCGGUUGCUUGGGGAGAGGGAGGGAGGGAGAAAGAGAGAGAGAUGUCAAAAGGGUUUUGUGGUUAGCGAUGUUUUUU